CGUUGUUGUCCACUUUCCGCCGCGGCAGUCCGUCCACCACACGACAAAAUCACCAAAACCAUCCCUUCCUCAUUUCCUGUGCCCGCAGGCCCAUCCAUGUACACACACGUACACAACAACAGCAGAGGCCAAACCCCUGACUCGGUCAUCGAAGCCUGACAUCUUUCUUUCUCUGUUCUUUCCUCCACAGAAUUACCCCAUCGCCUCCUUCCGCUGUGGAUCUCUUUUUCGGGACAGACAAGGCUUCAAACUCUGUGAUUUGACAAUCUCUUUUCCAGAGUGCCGUGAGAGUGUUGGUCAUCGACUCCAGCUCUAACUGUAAUUGUCCACAUACACCACAGCCUCGAUCGAACCUCUGAUCACCGACUGUCACUGCCUCUUCUCCGCCUUGGGGCAUGUCAAGAGAACAAGAAUAACGAUCGCUAUACGUCAGCGCCCAAGUUCAAGACUACUACAGACCUCCUCCGCCCACGACGAGGCAGGCAGAUAGAUACCCGAGACCUGCCAACGGUUAUAUACACACGGCUGUAUCCCAUCGUAUCGCGACACAUUCGAGACAUACCUCAAGCCAUACCGGACCAUCCAGGAUGAGCGCUUCACCAGACAACGAUUCCGUCGCCCGGUGCGAGUCGCCCGAGGCCCUGCCCUCGCCGGCCGUUGGCGCUCCCGUUCACAAGUUCAUGCGCUGUGCCUCUGCCACCUCGGCCAUCUCCCACGGAUCAGAAUCCACCGAACGCUCGCGUGACUCCCUCAUAAGCGACGCCGGCUCGGCCUUUUCGCGCUCCUCGUCCGGCACCUUUCCCGUCAGCUCGCGCCGCUCCGAAAUCAGAAGCAGCAGUAAGCGACGGGGCUAUAUGCGCCCUCAAGGAACCGACUUUGCCCAGAGCGCCCGCCAGCGCGAAUCCGUCCUGAGUCUUGGAAGCAUCGCCCACCUGCAGUACUACUUUGCCCGGACCGGACUUUUGGACGGCAAGGGCGCCCAGUUCGCUCGUAAACGCCAGCAAAAGGCCCAAACACUCGAUCUGUCCAUGCUCGAAGGCGGCGAUUACACGAUACCUAGGGUCUUGAACUUUGAGAACGAUUCGAGCUAUGCCUCCAUGGGCAGCAGUCCCAAUACCCCAGGGCUUGAGCCCGACAUCAAGUCGCCCACAGGAGAUGAGCACAACAUGGAAUUCCAGCCGCCCGAGGAGGAGUUCGGAUCGGAUUAUGAUGAGGAAACAGACCAGCAACAUAUGCUCCCGCCGACGGUCUCGACGUACAACCAACGCGAAAAGCCGAUCCCUAAACCCCCAUCGAUGGAGGAGCUUCGGGCCGAACUAACAAGCGCCCUCAACGCCGCCGAGCGAUCCCUAAAAGAAGCCAACGAAGCCACUGCGCCCGCGGGCGAGUCUGCUCCGCCGUCAGACCGGGUUGUCGUUCCACCCGCCAUCCUUCUCUCCGACAAAUCUUCCAAACCCAACUCUUCCGAACAAGAAUCCUCCAGCCCCGUCACUCCCACCGUCCCCCUCAACCCUACCGGCUGGUACGAAAUCCAAGGCAUGCACAUCCUCGACGUCAUGACCCUGGCCAUUCGCGCCGCCAAGAUCUACUACACCUCUCACGAGCGCCCGGACCGAUUAGACGCCAUCAAGUCGGAAAAGGACCUUCGUGCCGACCUCUUGUCAGUAAUGGACAUUCUCAAGAAAAUGGCCACCCGCGGCUUCAUCGGCGGCAUGCGCGACGACGAGUUCCAGACUAUGAACCAAUGGAUCAAAUCCCUGCGCGACAUGCUCUCCAAGGAAGACGAGAUGGAGGUCGCCGAGCAGAAGGAGCGCGAGUCCUGGACCUGGCUAAAACCGGAAAACUGGCCAACCGAUGAGAACGGGAACCAGAUUGAGCGCGAGGAAGCCUUUAUUCACUCCAUGUUGGCCGGCCUACCCUUGCCCCCGCCGCUGUCUAGUCUCAGCCCCUUGCCCAAGUGGACGCCGAUUGAUCGCUCGUCAAGUAAUCCGGAACCGACGCCGUUUCUGAGGGAGCUGAGUAACGGGAUUCGGUUGGUGCAUCUGCAUAAUUGCGCGGUACGCAAAAGUAGGCGGAGGUUUGGUGCUAUCCCCAGUUUCCAUGCAGACACGCAGAAACCGUACCGGGCAGCGGAUAAUUUGCGGUACUGGAUGAAGGCGGCGGAGCUCAGGUGGGAGGUGAUGAUCAAGUGCGACGCACUGGGGUUGCAGUAUGCCAAGGACGGCAAGCUGGAGAAUCCGGAGGAAGGGGGGAGGAUGUGGGUGGACUUUGAGGAGGCGGUGGUGAGGUGGUGUAGAGGGGUGAGGGCAGAAGUGGAGGGGGAGCUGAGGGGGAAUGUUAAGCCAUAGUGUCAGGUGGGAGUGGAGGGAAAGGGGAGUGCAUAGAAUUAAAGAAGAAAGUGAAGGCAUGAGGGAAGAAACACUCUAUAUAUAUAUGAGAGAAGUCCGGACAUGAGACACGGAGACGGAGGCUGAAACUUGAGGAUACACACACACACACACACACACACACACACACACAGAGAGAGAGAGAGAGAGAGAGAGAGAGAGACACACAUUUUCAUGCAUAUGGCAUUUUUUUUCGAUUUUACAUAUACCACACCGCACUGGCACACAUCAUUGGCAACUGGCACUUCAACUGGAUUAUUCACGGAAGGGAAAGAGAAGGGAUUUGGCAUCAUUAUCGUCAUUUUGUUUUAAUCCUUUAAUUUCUACUCCAAUCCAUUUAACAUCUGCAUACUUUACGUUACUUUCUUGCAUCGGAUCUUCUUUUGGUUAUGGAACGGUUUACACUUUAUAGGAAACAGUUGUUUGGAGUUAGCAGAGAGGAAGGGUAGAAACUACCUAGUAUCUAAAUACCUUUUGUAAACACGACGAGAGACGAGAGAGCUUGGGCAGGGACGGAACACAACAGAAAGAUUACCUAGCUUAAGAAGCUGGUUCAUAUGAGUUACCACUACAUAGAUGAAGAGAAAAACCGCAAUUAGAUC